AUUGAAACGAUUAUUCGAUAGAGUGAACGUGAACUGCCAAAGGAAGAAAAAGCAGAAGUGGCAACAACGUCGAAACAAUUACAGAUAGGCUUUAUAUGACAUAGGUUUACAGCUGAGAACAAGAAAUCAUCGUGUCAAAGAACUGUGAAAGCCAAUCCACUCAAGCAGGUGACCGACAAUGGCUGUGAACGUGUACUCGACCUCAGUGACCAGUGACAAUUUAAGUCGUCACGACAUGUUGGUCUGGAUCAAUGAGUCUCUACAGAUGAACCUUACCAAGAUAGAAAUGUUGUGCUCAGGUGCUGCCUACUGCCAGUUUAUGGACAUGCUGUUUCCCAACUCUGUGCCUCUGAAGAAAGUUAAAUUUGGUGCCAAGCUGGAGCACGAAUACAUCCAUAACUUCAAGCUCCUGCAGGUUUCCUUCAAAAAGAUGGGAGUCGACAAAAUCAUUCCAGUAGACAAACUGGUGAAGGGGAAGUUCCAGGACAACUUUGAGUUCGUCCAGUGGUUUAAGAAGUUCUUUGAUGCCAACUACGAUGGGAAGGAGUACGACCCAGUGGAGGCGAGGCAGGGACAGGAUGCCAUGCCCACACCCAACUCUGCCAUGUCAGCUCUCAACAAACCCCCUAAGAAGACCCUGAAUCAAGCUCCUCAUAGGCCACCUGUUGCUAAAGUAGCACCCAAGUUGUCUAACGUCAGCGCGAGGAAGCCGGGGGUGGGAGGCGGCGAAGAGGAGCGAGCGGAGCUCCUGAAUGAGGUGGAGAUCCUGAAAUCUACCAUUCAGGACAUGGAGAAGGAGAGAGACUUUUAUUUUGGUAAGCUGCGGAACAUCGAGCUGAUCUGCCAGGAGAAGGAAGGAGAGGGCGACCCCACGCUGCAGAGGAUCAUCGACAUUCUCUACGCCACAGACGAGGGUUUCGAGAUACCGGAUGCUGAGGACCAGGAGGAGUUUUAAUAUUCAAGACUGCAAGCAAUCACUUAGAUGCCCUGGUCUAUAAACCCACCUCGAGAUCCUUCCUCAAGCCAAGACGACCAGUUUGGUUUUCUAUCCAACACCAAACUUGAUCUUGACUUGUGCCCCCCCCCACCCCCCACCCCCAUCCCGUCCCGAACCCAGAUCCCAAACCGCCGGACUUCUUCCUCUUGCUCUCAGCCGCCGUACAGCUCAGCUCCUUCUGUCCUGAAACAUCUUUAACCUGUCAUCGACAAAGCCUCGGCCACCUCCUCUUCUUCCCACACACCUGUCGUUCCCGCCCUCACCUGUAAACCCCGCCCUCCCCAAAACCUGAUCAAGCAGAACAUAUCUGCUCUUUGUAAUGGACUUGUGUUAAAGACACAGUGAUGUUCUCUCUCUGUGUGUGUGUGUGUGUGUGUGUGUGUCUGUCUGUCUGUCUGUCUGUCUGUGUCUGUCUGUCUGUCUGUCUGUCUGUGUGUGUGUGUGUGUGUGUGUGUCUGUCUGUCUGUCUGUCUGUCUGUGUCUGUCUGUCUGUCUGUCUGUCUGUGUGUGUGUGUGUGUGUGUCUGUGUGUGUGAGACCCUCCUCUGAAGACGCGGCUGUCAGCUCAUUGGUCACUUUGUCCCAGACUGACCUCAGUUCUUAGUUUUGUGCGUCUCCUGUUUCAUCAUUUGGAUGAAGAGAAACGAGAAAAAGAAAAAAAAACACACAUUCCCAACUAGAAGACGCAGUUUUGCGUCAUUUUUGCGUCUGAAGCGUGUUUCCGCCGGCCGGUCCCCAGCUGGUUGUGCUAACUAAGAAUUGCUGUUUUAAACCAGCCGUCGCUCAGUGCUGCUAGCAUCAUUUCAGAUGUAGCCGAUGUGUUUGCUGCAAACUGAAUGAGGAACAGCAGCCUGUGGACGGCACACGUCCACACUGGGGGGCUCAGGGUCUAGUCUGGGACAAGGUGGCCUUUUUUUCCACCCGUGACUAUCUGUGCCCACGACGGACGCCAUCCUGACUGCGUCCUGUCCAGCUUCAGAAGAGCUUCUGUAAAUUUCUGCUCCUGUUUUAGCACACAGUCCCCCACACGUCAUUUCACUUCCUCUCGUGUGUCUCGUGUUUUGGGGCGGGCCACCCGUCAGUCUCCGCUCUCUACAUGUGUUUUUUAUUUCGGUUGACUCACUGAAUGAUUGAUGGCUCCGUUGGAAAGAUUUUACUUGUGUGUAGAAACUUGUUUUCCAGCCACGACGGUAGAGAAAAGAGCAGAUCGCUUCUCUUUUUUCCUCCCACGUGACCUUCGUGUUCAUUCAGACUUCUGAACUGUGCGGUUCGUAACUCCAGGAGAAAGUGGCUUCCUCUCUGAGUCGACGUGAUCCACACAGUCCCAAACAGACCCCGUCAGAAUAAUCAGCAGUGAUUGUUUUGUCCGUUUCGUCCUCUGGAGCGUCUGUUUUAAGGCACGUGCACUGUUUUAUACCAGUGGCCCUUAAUCAGCCCCCAGCCCAGAAAAGUAGUUCCCGAAGGGCGAAGGGAGACCCAGACCGGCCACAUUACGAACACUGUGAGCUCCGAGCGCGGCGGAGCGGCGUGUUCGCUGCAGCCGCGGCUCGGCUGAAUCCUCCGCUCUGAUCACCCACCCUGGAUUCUGGUUUUUUUGUCGUGGCAUCAGUGAGUCGACGCUUGCUACGCUGAAGGCUGAUUCCUUUUUGUGAAUGCCUUUUUUUCCUAUUUCCACACCCCGAUUGACCAAUUUUAAUACUGAUGUAUGUUGUGGAUUUGAUUUGAGACCAGUUUGUCCACUGUACUGUGUAAAAGUGUCAUUAUUGACAGAUUUGUACCUGAUUUGAAUCAACACACUCGUGUUGAUUCCAACCUGUUGUCAUCACUUUAUCAAUGGCCUUAUUCAUAAACACACAACCGCUCUUGGUUUUACUUUAAUGUCAGUCUCUGCUGUUUUGGGGGCAAAUGUUUGUACUGUUAGUCAUUUUUUAUGUGUUCUGAAAUAAACUACAUUGGAGGCA